CCCAAGUGUGCAACUUGUUUACUUCACUUUUACUUAUUUUAAAUGAAUAUAGGAAAUACAGAAAUACGUCCUCUAGCCUACAGCCUACAGUGAUUGGCUCCACCAAUCAAAUGCUUUUACGUUUGUGGGGAGUGGUGAAGUGCACACUUCAGGAGGAAGGAGAGAUAAUUGGGACGUAGCCAAUGUCUUAGGUUACAGGCUCCUCCCAAAGCAAACGCCUGAUUGACUGACAACAGCUGAACACACCUGGAUUAAACCCCACCCACAAGCACCUUUCUAGGAACUCACACCUGUCACCUGGUCUCUGAAUACAGGAAGAGACUCAGACUGACUAGCGACCGAAGCUCUGAGCACCUGGAAAGGAAUAAGUGGGACAGGGCAUGGCAUCUACCAUCUCUACCGUCGGCCUCGUCUCCGAGAGGCACUUCCUGUGCCCGCUGUGUAAGGACAUCUUCAGCAGUCCCGUGACUACUCCGUGUGGCCACAGUUUCUGUCAGGACUGCCUGUGUGGGUACUGGACCCGGCACCGUUCAGACUACUGUCCCCUCUGCAAGAGGUUGUUCCAUUCCAGGCCAGACCUUAGUGUCAACCGCAUCCUGGCUGACGUCUGUGACAACUACAGGAAGACACGGCCUGAGAGCCCUGAGGAGAGCCACGACACGGUUGUAGACAUUGACCAGAUGAUCCAGGAGCGACUGAAGAAAGUUGACAGACUCAGACACUCCCUGCAGCUCCUCAAAAACUCGUGUGUGAGGGAGGUGCGUGAGAGCCAGAAGGUGUUCUCUGCCCUUGUCAGUUCCAUGGAGAAGAGCCACAAGGCCGUGGUGGCAGCCAUUGAGGAGAGACAGGGGGAGGAGGAGGUCUGUAAUAUUAGGAAAUUGAAAUGUCAGAUCUGUUUGUCUGGGAAGGAUUCUUAUGGAACUGUUAUCUUUAGGGUGAGUGAAAUGUCAGAUCUGUUUGUCUGGGAAGGAUUCUUACUGAAGCUGUUAUCUUUUGCAGAGCUGAAGAAAAUACAGAAAUACACAGUAGACAUCUCCCUGAGUCCCAAGACGGCCCACGCCUUCCUCUCGGUCUCAGACGACCGGAAACAGGUGCGACACACAGACAAACACCAGGAGGUCCCAGACAACCCCAAGAGGUUUGACCGCGUGGCCAACGUCCUGGGAAGAGAGUCCUUCAGCAGCGGCAGGUACUACUGGGAGGUGGACGUGGGAGAGAAGAUAGAGUGGAACCUGGGCGUGGCCAGACAGUCCAUCAACAGGAAGGGGAAGUUUACAGUCAGCCCAGCCAAUGGCUUCUGGACACUGAGCCUAAAGAGCGGAGGUCAAUACGUAGCUAACACCUCCCCCACUGUCACCCCCGUGGGCCUGGAGCAGAAGCCCAGGAAGGUGGGGGUGUUUCUGGACUACGUGGAGGGCCGAGUGUCCUUCUACUGUGCGGAGACUGGGGUUCACAUCCAUACGUUUACAGAUGGCUUCACUGAUAGACUACAUCCACUCUUUAGUCCUGGGGGGCAACAUGGGGGCAGGAAUAUCGCUCCUCUGACUAUUAGUACUAGCUUCUGUAGCAUCUGAGCCCCCUGACUUAACCCCCACGCCUGGAAUAGUCAUUUAAUAAUGUCAUUAUGUAGCCUAAUGUAGAAUAAGGCUCACUCGGUCCUCUCUCACGUCUGCAUUUUCAGUUGGAUAAACCGACUUCUUUCCUAAUAUUGAGUUUAUGCCGUGUCUGUGUUAUCAGGCAAUGAGCUGGGUAAUCAAUAGUAAUGCUAUAAUUUAUUUCAAUUAUAAUUUAUGACAGUAUAUAUGAACCCUCAAAUGUAUUUUUUUUUACAAAGUGUCGACUUUAAAAAAAUUCUGGGCAUCAUUAAAAAAUCUGUAAAUUAUUCACAUACA